AUAGCUUUAGAUGAGCUAUUUGGUAUCAUUUGGAAGAGCUAUUUGGUACCAAUUAGCUUUGCCAAAUGAUAUCAUUUGGCUCCCGAACAUUUUUCCAUGGAACUUUUCUACGUAACAUUUUUCCUCGGAACCCCUCAAAUAUUACGAAAAAAUAUAUCUCAUUCGAUGUAUUCGAUCAUUUUUCAUUUACAUGCAGAUUAAAUCAGUCAAAUGGAGUAGUGAAAUUUCCAAAAAUAAAAUGGGACAUCCAACAAUUCACAAGGUGAUAGCGCAACUAAUGUGGAGCGAAGGAAAUUUGGAACAAGCUCGACAUCAUUUCUUGUUGUCGAAAGAUGGUAGCGGGUGUGGUCAAAUGCUAAUUGAAUUAAGUCAAACGAAAGGUUUUCCAAAAGAAGCGGAUUUGUUCAUAACACAGGUGGUAUUACAGCAGUUAUGCUUAAAAGAGAUUUCAUCAGCCGCCGAAACGUUUCACACUUACAUUAAGUUUCAUCCAAAAAUUAGUCGAACGGAUCCACCAUUUGUGAUGCCUUUGCUAAAUUUCGUAUUUUUUCUACUAAAAAUCAUCGGAAGCCGGAAAUUAGCGAUUUUCAAAAAACUCUGCGAACUAUAUAAACCAUCUUUGGAUCGUGAUCCUUCAUAUGAAAAGUAUUUGGAAAAAAUUGGCGUUAUAUUUUUUGGUGCACCAAAUCCACCACAACGCUCAAAUAAUGGCAUUUUCGGUGAUUUGAUAAAUCAAUUGUUUCAAGGUCUCGAGGAUGAAGAUGACGAAAAUCAAACUUGUUCAUCAGUUGAGACGGAUUUAGAUUAGGACUCUAUUUCUUUUAAAUCCAGAAGAAAAAAGAUACAAAAAAAAUCAAUUUUAAUGUCAAAAACUCUGAAUAUACGCUCGAUAAUGAACGGGUUGACCAUGAAUAUUGAUCAGAGCAAGUUAUAUAAAAUUAUAGGGAUGCGAUCCACUUAAAAUAAAUUUAUUAAAAAUUAAA